AUGAGUGAGGAAGAGGACGACACCAGGAUGGACGUUGUCAGGGAACCAACGAGGCACGCCGACACUGAUUCCGACGAAGAAACGAUGGAGGACGAGGGCGCCCCCGUGUGCAUCGUGGACCCCCACCCACACAUCACCCCGCCGGAGGCCCCUUGUGCCUCUUCGAUGUCCUCCGCCUCCACCUCGCACCAGGUGGAGGACGCUCUCCUCACCCUGCCGCCGUCCGUCUCGGCCACCGCCCUGCUGGGCAUGGUGUCCCCGGCCACCCGGCGCUCCAUCUCCAUGGGCGACUUCCGGCGGGUGUCGGCGGCGCUGCUGUCCCGGUCGGAGCCCCCCUCCGCCUCGGCCACGGCGCCCUCCUCCAAGCUGGUCACCCCCAGCUCCAGCAUGGAGUUCCAGGCGGCGCGGCGGCGGCUGCUGGAGGUGGAGGAGCGCCAGCGGGUCAUCCACGAGAUGGAGCGCCGGCUGGAGGAGCUGAGGCAGGUGUUUGUGCGGUCCGAGCAGGAGGUGGUGGUGCACGGGGAGGUGGUGUCCCGCAUCUCCGGCGCCGCCCAGCAGGGGGAGCUGUGUGUGACGGAGAACACCCAGCGGGUGAAGAAGGGCCUGAGGUUCAAGAAGCACCGGCCCACCAUCAUCUUCUCCUCCAUGCUGGGGCUGCGCACGUGCCUUCCGUGGCCCGCCAAACUCAAAUAA